AUGCCUGAUACAGCUGGUGCUGCGUAUGUUCCCCUUUCCCAAGGAUUCGGCUAUGGCAUCAUCCUGGGUCUGGGAUUUGCCUUCGCGCUGGGGAUGAUAGGGACCACAUGGGCGUUGAAGCGAUAUCACGGAGAGGUCCAAACCUCCGAAGCCUUCUCGACCGCGGGAAGAACAGUCAAGUCCGGUCUCGUUGCUGCCGCCGUUGUGUCUAGCUGGACCUGGGCCGCUACAUUGCUUCAAUCUUCGGGUGUCGCCUACAGAUAUGGUGUUUCCGGACCUUUCUGGUAUGCCUCGGGCGCCACUGUCCAGAUCUUGCUGUUCGCCACUUUGGCCAUCGAAUUGAAGAGACGCGCCCCGAACGCACAUACCUUCCUGGAGGUCAUCAAGGCCAGAUAUGGCGUUGUCACCCAUAUUGUGUUCCUUGUCUUCGGACUCAUGACCAACAUCCUUGUGACGGCCAUGCUCUUGACCGGUGGAAGCGCCGUGGCCAGUUCUCUGUGCGGAGUCCCCACCGCUGCAGCUUGCUUCCUUCUCCCGAUUGGUGUCGUGCUGUACACCAUGUUUGGUGGCAUCAAAGCGACAUUCCUCACCGAUUACAUCCACACGGUGAUCAUCCUGGUGAUCAUUUUUGUCUUCGCGUUCAGUGCAUACGCGACGAACGACAUUGUCGGGUCCCCUAGCAAGGUCUGGCAGCUGCUUGCUGAUGCCUCCAAACGCCAUCCAGUCAAAGGCAACGCUGAGGGUAGCUACUUGACAAUGCAGAGCCGCGAAGGGGCCAUCUUCUUUGUGAUCAACAUCGUAGGCAAUUUUGGCACUGUCUUCUUGGACAACGGUUACUACAACAAGGCAAUUGCGGCCUCACCAGUCGAUGCACUGCCCGGAUAUGUCAUGGGCGGCCUCUCUUGGUUCGCGAUCCCCUGGCUCUGCGCUACAACCAUGGGUCUGGCGGCGCUGGCUCUGGAGAACAACCCCGUGUUCCCGACGUAUCCCAACCGCAUGCCUGAGGCCGAUGUCAGUGCCGGGUUGGUGCUCCCCUACGCGGCGACGGCCCUCCUGGGGAAAGGUGGCGCUGGGGCCACGCUUCUGUUGAUCUUUAUGGCUGUGACCUCGGCUUCGUCUGCCGAACUGAUUGCCGUCUCAUCGAUCUGGACUUACGAUAUCUACCAAACCUACAUCAACCCGGCAGCCUCUGGAAAGUUCUUGAUCCGGAUGUCGCACGUGGCCUGCAUUGUCUACGCCAUCAUUCUGGCCGGGUUCUCGACCGGGCUGUUCUACGCCGGUGUCAGCAUGGGUUACUUGUACCUGAUGAUGGGUUGCAUCAUCAGCUCGGCCGUGAUUCCCGCGGCAUUGGCCUUGAUGUGGAAGGAUCAGAACUGGCAGGCGGCGGCCGGCGCGCCUGUCUUGGGCUUGAUUUGUGCGUUGAUUGCCUGGCUGGUGACGGCCAAGAAGGAAUGCGGCGUCCUCAACGUCGAUUGCACAGGCUCCAACAAUCCCAUGCUUGCAGGCAACGUCACUGCGCUGCUCAGCCCGCUCAUUUUUAUCCCUGUCCUCACCUACACGUUCGGCCGCCAGAACUAUGACUGGGUGUCGAUGAAGCAAAUCCGGAAAGGCGAUGACACUGAAAUCAUUCGCCGUGCGAGCGUCGACACGGAGAUCGUGCCCACCGUCACCUCCCAAUCCCAGGAACAAGAGGCCGCCGAACAGACCAAGUUGAAAAAGGCAGCCCUCAUCUCCCGAAGCUUGACCGCGUUCAUGACCAUUGCCCUGCUUGUGCUGUGGCCCAUGCCGAUGUACGGGUCGGGUUAUAUUUUCAGCAAGAAGUUCUUUACAGGCUGGGUUGUGGUCGGCAUUCUGUGGCUGUUCUGCAGCACCGCUUGCGUCGGGAUCUUCCCGCUGUGGCAAGGCCGCAAGACCAUGGCGCAUACGGUUCGGUCGAUGUGGCUCGACUUGACGGGCAAGAAGAAACCGGCGCUUCAUGGUCGUGUUUCUGAGGUCGAGGAUGAAUGCAGAAGCUCCGACACACCGGAAGAGAAGGUGGGAGGAGCUAAGGGCGAGUAG